CGUUGCUGAAAAGAGGACAUAGCUUGGGGGUCCAGAUAGAUCAAUAAUGAAAAAAUGCAGUGUUGGUAUCACAAUCUCCUGAUCGGAGUCACUGAAUUUCCCAGAUUUUUUAAACACCAAGUUUUUGGCCCCUUCAAACGCGGUAACCUUUCGUAAUGGCGAACAGUAAUCACCACAGUCGGCUGGUUGGGCGUCUUGGUCUGUUGCUAGUACUCUUCUGGCUGGUACUGACCUUCUUGGCACCACAAGUAAAGGCUUGGGAACAGGGCGACUAUGAAAUUUUUGAUCUUGUUGAUGAACUGGAAAAAAUCGAAGGCAAAGAAGUCGAUUUCUACAGUUGGCUGAAUAUCGAGCCAGCUGCCACCGACAAGCAAAUCAACAGAGCGUACAAAAAAUUGUCUCUUCAAUUGCAUCCAGACAAGAACAAGGGAGACUCUAAGCAAAGAGAUCGGUUUGCUCGCUUGGGUAAAGUUGUGUCUAUCCUUCGUGAUGGUCACAAGCGUGAGAGAUACAACUUCUUUUACAAAAAUGGAGUACCUAAAUGGAGAGGAACAGGCUAUUAUUAUGCAAGAUGGCGACCCGGCUUUUUCACCGUUGUGAUCUUCCUUGCUGUCCUUGCUGCAGGAUUACAGCAUCUCGCGUCUUGGAUCAACUAUCACCAGGAGAAAAGACGUAUUCGACAAUUUGUUAAAGACGCACGAUCUGAAAUGGCUACAAGAGCUACCAAGAACGUUGGCGCAGCCACACUAGGACGCAGCUACCUCGAAAUUGGCAAACGCGUUUUGCGCUGUGAAGUCAAAUCUGAUGAGUAUAUUGUUUUCUAUCCCGAAGGAGAGGAACGCAUUGAUUUGAAUGUUGAAUGGGUGGAAAAACCCAGCGUCAAGAACGUUUUCCUCAUUGCUUGGCCACGAAGACUCGUAAACCGCGCACUGGGUAAAGUAGAUGAAGUCGUGGAAUACGAAGUUGUUGAAGAAGAAGACGCAGAACCUGAGGGCGUCGAUGCUGAAAAGAUUCUGCCAUCACUUGAAGUGAGCAAGAAAAAACCCAAGGCUAAAAAGACUGAACCCAUGGCUGUACUCGGUACAAAAGUUGGUGGACGUAGACGAGCAAUUAAAAAACAACAAUAGAUUGAUUGAUUGAUUGAAAGGCUGAAAAUAGCAGUAUUUAUAGAAAACACUACAUGUGAAUGGAUUUUCGUAUUUUAUUGAACCAAGUCUCUAUUUUUUUUUCUGUUUGAUAGUGUGUCAAUCAUGUUGCUGACAAUAGUGUAUGUAUAUUCUCUCAAACGGAGGGUUUAAACAGCCGA